AUGGCGAUUCACGGCUUCUCCCAGCGCGGCUAUAUCGCCGUCUACUUGCUGGCCAUCGUGUUCGCGCGCGUGCUGGUCAACACGACAAGCCCCGGUUGGUGCCCGCUGGUCGCGUUCAAGCGCCACUGGAUACUGCUGGCUUACCUCGUGCUGCUCGUGGCCGGCUUCAACUUCAUGUCUCAUGGCUCGCAGGACCUGUACCUAACAAUGUGUAAGAACCAGUUCGCGUUUUUGGCUGACGAGGUCGCCGUGACACAGGUCGUGGCCAACCUCGGCGCCAUUACGGGCGGCACCUUGGUCGGCUACCACUCGCAAAUCAUAGGCCGCCGUCUCAGCAUCAUCGUCAUGGCCGUCAUCGCGAGGAGAGUCGUCUGGAUCCACCUCAUGGAGCUGUCGCCGCCGUCGUACAGCACGCUUAUCGUCGGAACUUCCCACCAGCUAGGUAACGUCAUCACCUCGGCCUCGUCGGCGUUGAAGGGUAUCGCCAUCUGUGUCUUCAUGACGUUCCGUUACGCGAACCUGGUGCUGCUCACGUGCGUCUGCCUUGAGGCGCGCGGUGAGAAGUUCGACAUCACCCACGACAACGAAUUGGAAGAGGCAGCGCACAAGUGGAAUGGAGGGACCUCGACCAGAUAUGUUCAAUACCGCCGUGCACAACAUAAUAGUCAAGGAGGCCGCAAGCCUCAGCUCAAGAAGCAGACGGAGAUGACUCUGGAAUAA